AUGACUGAACCCGAUUUGGAAUUUGAGGACAUUUUCAAAGAAGUUUGUCCAAAUGAGUACAAUGAAUUUGGAUUGAAACGCGAAAUGCGUUUCAUUAGUGAACGCAUUAUUGUCGAAUAUGACCCCAGUGACCAUCUUUCGGUUCGAGAGAUUAUGCAUCCGAUGGAUGCGUUCCGAAGCUAUGAGCCAUAUUUUAAACACGAGUUAGCUGACAAAUCAAGAAAUGAAUAUGUGACGGCUAUCGACUUUCAUGAACAUAUCACUUACUUUCCAUAUGCAAAGAAUACCGGUGACGUUUGUCUUGCUCGGUAUAUUAGUAAUUUCAAUGACACAAAUUUCGCCAAAAUUAGUGGACAACAUUUAUUUGCGUUGCCGGGUGAAACAAUCUACGGGUUACGCGUCGGACGUCUCGAUAAGGGAAUGGUCGCUGUCAAUCAUCGUACCGGACCUUCUGUAAAUAGCACAGUGACCGUCCUCGAUCUUGUCAAACCAACUCGCAAUAUUGCCUUUUACGAUUCAAUUGCUCAUGUAAAUACUAUUGACUGGAUCUGGCACAGCGCGUUUCUCCUUGCCGUCGGAGAUGACCAUGCACUACGCAUCAUGGAUGUUCGUUGUCCGAAAGCUUUUAAUGCAGUAUAUUUUCAAGGAGGAGUUCAAAGAACCGCUUUGUCUUCAACUCGACCCCUGGAGAUUGCUUGCUGGGACGGGACCAACGUCCUUUUGUAUGAUAUUCGCCGUCCAGACGUGCCCUGUGCCACGUAUGAUAUAGGACUCAUUGAAAACGAGAAACUUAAUGACAUGAAGUUCAAUCCGUACAUUGCUAACGAGUUAUUUAUACAUACCAAUCAGCAUAGAGUGUUCGCGAUGCAAAUCAAUCCUUCUCGAUUGCUAGGAGGUCGAGUUCUUGGAGAAAAACCGUACGACAAGUGGCAAGUUAUCACGUUCAAACAUAUUGACAGAGGAUGCACAUCUACACGACAUUCGAGAAAAGACGGGAAUUGUGAGUUGAAUAGCAAAAUGCCAAUUGAAAACGCUGAAGUUCCACUUUUGGAUUAUUACCAGCAGUACGAUGCUUCCAAGGCUGAUGAGGAGGUGCCGGUUCCGUCUCACUGGAAAUAUCCAGAUGGAGUGGACGACACUGUCAUCGACCGAGUCAACGAAUUCGCCGAGAUCGACUUCGAAAGUUACCUGUAUAAAGCAGUAGAGCGAGUUGUUGCCAGUUAUGAUUAUGUGCUAAAAAAGCCAGAGAUUCUGUAUCAGUGCAAAGGAGUGGACACGUUUGAUUUUGUGUUUCCCGGAGUCAACGGUAUUAUGUGUUUCAAUCGCAGUGAUCAUACAUACAAGAUUGUGAGAUCUCCAAAACAUUACGAAGGUAGUAUCAACCCGUAUUCUGGCUCCGAUUCUGUGCACUUUUAUCGCGGACUCCAAAUUCAAGAAAUGAUCCCAGCGCAGACGUUAACAAUGAUGUGCAAUCGCUUGGAAGCUGGUUGGAAUGCCUAUCAAAUCUCAGAGCGGUGUUUGAAAAGAUUGGCAUUUAAAAUCACUGAUGAUUCUCGUGCAAUAUGGGCAGACUGGCUUCGAAACUCGGCUGUUAUUCAAUAUGGUGGAAAAGAGUUUUCACCUAUUGGUAGAAAAGGAGCGAAGUGGGAAGAUUUCGUUGACCUUCCGAAUGGGCCAUUGCCAGAACCGGAAGUCCUACCAUACGAAAUUUGUAAAGACGAAGUGGCUACUGAAGAAGCCUGUCAAAUGAUUGCACCGUUCUUCCGUCUGUUCCUUCCCGAUCCUCGGCCUGAUAUGGAUGAUGAAACUGAUUCGGAAGAUGAGAUGCUAGAUGAUUCAGCCAAGUUCAAUAAACCAGAUGAAGAAAAAAAGGAAGACGAGGAAGAGGGAAAAGAAGAAAAGAAGGAGAAAAUUGAGCAGGAAAAUGAUCUAGAGAAGGACAAGGAGAGAGAUAAAGAAAAGGAAAAGGAAAAAGAAAAAGAGAACAAUACUGGAAUUCCUUGCAUCCCAGAAGACGAAACAUUCGAUAUGAGAACUCUGUGCAAGUGUCAUGCAAAAAUGCGAUAUUACAACAGCAAAGAGAAGAAUAGGAGAUUCAUGUACGCCCCGAUUGGUAACACAUUCAUGGUAGCUGCAAGCAAACGGAUUCGGAAGAAGUUCUUCGGUGUAAACUGGCAGGAAUUUACCAAACGGGACAUAAUCGAGCAUCGUGUGGAAUAUGAUAUCGACAACUACAAAGGACCAACUAUCAAACAGCUCAUCAAGUUUCAACGAUGGAAGCCUCGCUCAUUCCAGAAAAGAGUGCUCCCUCCGAAACUGAUCACAGACUCCUCAUCAGUUUUCAUGAAACCCGAAUACAUCAAAGAACGAGAGCAGAAAGAGAAAGAGAUGAGAGAAAAAGCUGCAAAACCAAUUGAUGCUCCUGUUGGAUUGUCCUUUCCGAAAUCUUCAAAACCAAAAGUGGUGCCAGAUGUAAGCGGAGAAGAGGAUCCUGAAAAAGCUCGAUUUUUGAUCCGUGCUGCUAUUCAACUAGGAGAAAGUUCAGAUGAUGAGCCUCCAGCUAAACCAACACAGCCUGCACCAGCUCCAACCACUGCUCCAUCACAAGAGAGGCCUCGAACACCUCAAGCCCAUUCCUUGAGAAAUGAAAAAGACGAUUUUGAGUACGAAACUGCGGAAGAUGCCUAUUUCGGAAUCAAAAAGAAGAGAAUGUACGUUGUCUAUCAACCAGCGACAAAGCCAUUAGCUCUGAAAAGAUACAAACCUGAUCGUCUGUCAGAGCACACUUUCAUCACGCGUCUUGAACAUUUGAUGUAUUGGGGACAGCGGAAACAUGAACGAAAAAUUCUGUACGGAAAGUAUAAGGAGAAUCAUAAAAAGCUGUCAAGUGUGAAAGAGAGGAAUACACUGGAUUUAAAGCUCGCGCUUACUAAUCACCAGAAGGUUGGAUGGCAGACAUUCUACGACAAGGACUUUUUCUUCUCCAACAAAUGUUCCUAUAACCAAAUUCUUCGGAAAGUAGUGCAAUUCUACAAUCGAAUGGGUGAUUGGGGUGUACCGAACAAAGAAACCUUUGUUUCGCAUCAACGCUCGGAGUUGAGAAGUUUUGGCCCUGAUCCUGAUUUUGUUAGCAUCGAUGAGACUACUAUCGGAACUUACAAUAAAUUCAUGGGUCACCUGCAAUCGCACAUAUCCUUUGAAUAUGAAGGUUACGUUUUUGAUGAGAAUUACGAAGGAGAUGUUCCAUUCCGAAUGGAUUGUCGGAUUCCAGAAGAAGUGAAAAAGCCAACAGCUCAGUACAAUCCAAAGGACAGGUUUAUGUUCCCAAUGGGAAAAAUACGAUUUUGCGAAUACCCUAUUCCUCCAAAUUUCAUGGAAGAAAUCGAAAGAAGGCGGGUGGCAGAAGAACCCAGAAAGUACAAAUCUUUCUACUUGGAAGAUUACAAACUUCCUUCGGACUCUGCAAGAAUUGAUUACUCUGGCCUUUGGAAAUGGAAAUCAUGUCCCAACUUCCGCGUUAAAGUCACCAAAAAAGAGUUUUGGGAGUCUGACAAUGAGUUUCCUGUCCAUUUGUUCGAUCGAUUGAUCAGAGAAAUUUUGCUGGAAGCGUCCGAUAAGAACGAUGACACUGUGAACCAUCUUGAACCUGAGUUUGUCGAGAGAAACAUCUCAGAUGAGCUUCUGCAUCAAUUCGGGUUCGAGACGUCUCAAAACAACAAAGCUCUCUCUACCAAGCUGUCUCGGAUUGCUGAAUACUUCACCUGGGAUUCGCCAAUGAUUGCUGACACUGAUAGGGAAACGGGCAAGAAGUUUAUGAGAAGAGUUGUCCCUCUGAAAGAACCACAACCACCUCGACAGCUGGAAGGAGUUGAUCCGUUAUUUGAUUAUAUCACAAUUGACGUCAUGUUGGCUGCAACCAAAAAUCUGCACAUCUCUUACAUUUACAAUGAUCCGAUUCUCCGAACAUGGCCUGGCCUUCAAAUUAUGGAUGGGAAUCGGGACGACAUGUUCGCUCUGAACGGAAGUCGUCCCAAAAAGAUUUGGGAUUGCAAACACACCCUCUUUGAGCCACCGCUUCAAUUGCCCAAAGAAAAAUCCCAGCUGUACAAAACCUUCUUCACUGAGACCAUUCUUCUUCCCAAGGACAAAAACAUAAAUAGAACUCGAGUUCCAAUUUUUGAAGAACAUAGCAUCAACAUUCCCAAAGGUCUGCUCGAAAUGAUGAAUCCGGCUUUCUUUGGUCUCUUCGAAAGCGCCUAUGUGAAUCGGUACACCACAACCGAAGAGGACAAAGUGAGAGAUAGAAUAGAAUUGCAAAAUGCCAUACUUCAAGAAAGAUUGAUUUUACUCCGUCAACCAGUUCCCGAGGAAACGGAACUCGAGUUAAGAUUAGCGGAGGAAGAGUUGAAUAUGGAGGAAGAUGACUUGAUGACAACGGAUUCAGAAGAGAGUACAAUCGAGAUUCGGAAUAGUAGCGACGAAGAAAUUAUGAGUGAGACUGUCUCUGACGAAUAUACUGAUGAAGAGUACACCGAGUCAGAAGUGUCCGAGGAGAAACAGCAAAAUGCGGAUUCUGAUGAAGAGCAAGAAGUGGAAGUGGUCAGCUUUGCCCAUUUGUUCAGAAACAUGAAGGGUAAUAAGGAAAACGGAGAGACAAAUCCCGAAGACGACGAUCCUUCUCUCAAAAGGAAACUUGGAGUCAGAAUAAGUACAUACGUUCCAGUCAUGCGCUACAAUCCGCAUACUCGUAGCAACAUCUUGAAGGAGGAGAUGGAAGAGCGAAGAGCAUACGAAGAAGCAAAAGAGGCGGCUCGUCGAGAAGCGGCUGGGGAAGUCACCGAAGUUGUCGAUGUUACAGAUGAGCAGCCUGAGCAGCCUCAGGUGGUUAAUGAAGUGGUCGAUGAAGAGCUUCUAGACGAGCAAGAAAGUUUAAGCUGUCCGUUAGGCACUCCAACAAAAGAGAAUAGCGGUGAAAACAGCGAGCACAACGAGCACAGCGAGGAAUCCGACCUAGAAACACCCACCAAUCCAGUAGAGCCUAUUGAAGCUCCUGUGAAAGAGCCGAAAGAGGUUACAUGGGGAGAGGUCACAGAGCAUCCGAUAUCUCCUCGACCGUUCAAGCUUCAUGGUCAACACUAUGUUGAAGUGGAACCCGAUUUUCUAUUCGAGUUUUACAAAUACCAAGAAACCGGCCUCAUCACUACUGACGGUUCAGAGGAUGAAGAGGAGGAGGGGAAAUUAUCGCCUGUACGCCGGACAAGCGAAGCCUCUGUUUCCGUGCGUUCCAAAAAGUCAGCUCGAAAAAGAAGCAUUGAUUACCCUCGCGUCUAUAGCGUACCUGCUUGCACAUAUUGUUACGAUGAGCCCUGGCCAACCAGAGAGGAAUGUGCCAAUUGUUUUCCAAACGUGAACAUCUACAAAUGCACGAAGAUUGAGAAUAUGAAAGUUCCAUGCUACAACUGUGGUCAAAUGAUUUACAAGUUUUCAUGUUACAACUAUGAGCAUAAUUAUGAGUACACCGAUCCGCUUGAUGCGCUUCUUGAAGAAUUUGAAAAAGAGCCAGAAGACCAAGAGAUUUUAAAGUUGAUUGCAAUUCCUAGGAAACCGGUGGAGCUCGAACAGACUCCUGCCAUUUGGUCACAAAAGUUUUACAAACCGGGAACUUGUGCAGUGGAGACUUUUCUAUCAAAAUCAAACGACGAACAAUUCCAAAUGUCUCAGAUGGAGCAGGUGUCUGAAAUUUUCCAUCGAGAGUUCCAAUGGCUGACGUGGCGUAUGGAUGAUGACAAAGCGGAGAGAAUUGUUGUUUCUGAAGAGUUUGACAAGGCAUUCAAUAGAGACGCUGAUAUUGAUAUGAUGCGUGACACCAUGAACACUAUCAGUCAAGACGGUGAGAUGGACAUGAUGACUACAUACGAUCAGCGUACUGGAAUGAGAGUUAGACGUUGGAUCAGUUAUGCCGCCCUGGCAACUCGUGUUCAGAAACAAGCGGAGAAAGCUCGUUAUCGUAAACAACUCGCUGAAAAAGAGGCUCGAAUCCUAGCUGGAGAGGUUGUUGUCAAACCUUCGCUAUUCAACGAACUGAAGAAAAAGGCCAAAGAUAAGGAGGAAGCUGCUUCCAAAGAUGUUGUGGUUGAUGAACAAGCCAAGGCAGAAGAGCGGCGUAGGCAGUACCUCGCGUGGAAAAAGGAGCCGAUUCCAAGAUUCCCAGAGGAUACGAGAAAGAUCAUGCCAGACUUCAAACUUCCAAAGAACAGAGAAGAUUGGCUCGAGUCUUCUGGAUCUGAGGAUGAGCUUCCACCAAUUCGAUCUCGUAUUCUGACCAGAGAGAUGAAGCACUUCAUUGCUACCAUUCGUGUGCAUAUGGCUAAAAAACCAAUCAAUUUUGUUGGACCACGAGUAACUUAUGGAAAACUUUUCGAGAAACGUCCUAUUCUCAAGAACGAUAUUGUUCUUGUUACCAGAAAAAAGCCAGCAAAGCGAAAGCCUCCGCCAUUCAAAGUUCAACGUCUCCCACUUGAUCUCACCUGGAUGAACCACGCUCUCACUGUGGAAUUUGUGCCACCGCCACAACAGACAACUCUUCACAAAACAGACCCGCUCAAAUGGACUGUUCCCUUCUACAGCUCUAACGUUUUGGGGCUGACGGACGAGGAGACAAGGGUUAGAGCUUUCCGCCCACCAUCACCUCCAUCCCGCAUCAAGCAGCAGUACAAAAAGAUGAAGGAGGUCGAACAAGCUUAUUUCUCACAGAAUAAAGCAAAAAUUGUUGAUGUAAGAAAAAAGGCAAAGAAAGCGCGUCAGUUGAGAUUCCGCAAGAAACUUUACGGACAUGAAACACUUCCAAAGAGAAAUAUAAAAGCUUGGACGAUUGCCGCUCGUCGAUUGCCACUUGCUGAUAAUCAACUACGGAUUCCAACUCUCCCGGCGAUUCCUGAUGCCGAAAGAUAUAUAUUUUCCCUAUUGGAACGAAAGUGGGAACACAGCCGUAAACUCAUUCCAAGACUUCGAAUGCGCUCUCAAGUGUCACCGCCCAGCUCACCUGAACCGUAUACAGUAAUCAAAAUGUCGCAGGCAACAAGAAAGAAAUACAGAAAGAUGAGAAGAGAACAGAAGCGGAGGAUGAGAUGGCAUGGGAAGUCAAUAUUGAAACCGAAACGUUCAAGGAAAGAGAGAAGAGAUGCGAAGAAAAGAGAAACUCGAUCUGUAAAUUUUGCUCCGCAAGUAACCAUCAUCACGGUCCCAGAAAUUCAAAAGAAAAUGAUGAAGAAUCAGAAGGCUCGACAACAAAUCUCAUUGUCUUAUCUGAGUCGAUAUUACGGCAGGAGGAUUACUGAAUUUGUGGAAGUUACUGAUCAGUAUGGAAGAUUCCCAAGGGAUGUGCCACUUUAUAACACUUCCAAAAACUCUCCAUUCACUGACUUCUUACAAGUAACACCAAAAAUCACUCUCGUGGACAACGGCUAUGUAAAAAAACCUCGAAGAAGCCGGAAAAGGGAGCCGAAGCGAACGGUGAACACCAAAGCUAUAGAAGAAUUUGCUCAAGAGGUUCGCAAAAUGAAAAAGCGUUGUAUAGAAGUAGAAUCUGUGCCGUUGCCAUCAUCUCAAGUCGAAUCCACACCAGUUCGAACCAAAUCCUUACCAGCUCCAUCUGAAUCCACUCGAGCUCCAACCAAAUCAACUCCAGCUCUAACAAAAUCGGCACCAGCUUCAUAUUCAAGGAGCAAAUCUACACCAGCUCCAUAUUCAAGAAAAAGACAAGUGAAGGUUGCGAUUCCAAGAUCGUUCUCUGUGGAUUCUGCUUUGCGUCAAUCAAAGCUGUUGAAAAAACUAGCUAAAAUGCACAAGGAGCUGGCUCACAAGCAAAGCAAGAGAUCAAAGAGAAAUUUGGUGGAACAUGUUGAACAGAGAGCUGAUCCAUCUUCAGAAAACCAAUCAGAAUCAAGUCUGGAUAAUUCGGAUCGGACGAUCACUGCAGUGUAUCUGAAUACGUGUGAUCGGAAUCACAAGAAGGUGAAGAAGGUCAAGCCUGUGAAAAAAUUCGAACUGUCUAUGAACAAAUUGGAGCACAAGAUUCAAGUCGAAGAGCGUCAAAUAUGCCACUCAAGCACAUCGCAAUCUAAACGUCCUCACCUGCCUCGCUGGCUACCGACUGAUCACGAAACGGGAAAGUCCGAGCAGGAGUCUGAAUCUGGCUUCAAAAACCAACACAUGCGACCAAAACAACUUAUGAUCGCUCACAAACCUCUUCAUCGUGCACCGACUCGGUCAAAAGUUAUGAACGCUAUUAGAAGAAUCCAAGGAACGAAAUACAACAACUUCAUGAUGAUGCACGAGGAAGAAAUGAAACCACAGUAUACGGAUUUGUUCUUGAAACCAUGGCAUCCGUUGCCAACUUUCCGAUGCUUUGACCGUUUCACUGUUCCAAAACCAAGCGUGAAACCGGCCGAAAAGAAGGCAAAACCUGAAUGGAAGUUGAAUGCAAAUUCAAAAUGGGAUUCAAGGUCAAAAUCGAGAAACUUGUCGGAAUAUGUUUUGGAAGCACUGAGAAACGCAAAAUUGAGAGAGCAGUGGGUUCUGGAGAACGCAUACAAAGUUGAAGAAGCAGAUGAGGAAAUGGAAGUGGACUCCGAAACGAAAUUGUCUGGAAAUGAGAAGAGCGCUGAGAACAUUGUACCAUCUACAUCACAAGUGGCAUCGAAAACGAAAACUACAGAAGUAGAGAACAGCUCGGAAACAGACCCCACCUUGUCGAAGCCCUCAUCAAAGCAGAAAAAAGUUUCGAAGUCGAGGCCAAAGCUAGCAGGAAAACUGGUGAAACUCAAAUCUGGACGUGUGAUACAGAUACUAGGAUCGGAAGACCAGAAAACAACAUCAAUGCCCGAAACGAAACGAGUGACAUUACCAGAACGGUUAAAAAGGAAAAGAGCCAAAGUGAUGAAAGCAAGAAUGGCAAUGUGGAAAAUGAUGAACACAGAUACGCUGAAAGCUUCUAACAAGCAUAGAACAUCCCACCACAGGAAGUAUGCCGAACCCGAAGUUAUGUCAUGGUCUCGAAUGCUCCGGAAACUGGACAAGUCUAAUGUCAACAUCAAAAGAGUCCGAUUGUGCAACUUGAGAAAACCGAAGAACCCAAGCGAAACGACCAAUGAUAAAGAGAAUAGUCCUCCACAACUGCUGGAAAUCGUUGUCGAGCCAGUAACCAAUCUGAAAUCAUGUCUCAAACAAAGUGGAGCCGGACGUCGUACACUCCAGUUUGUUUCGGAACCCACGAAUACCAAGGAAACGUUCUUUGGAUUUGGUGGAACUCUCACAUUGGUCAAACCUCCGUCGGAGCCCAGUUCUGCACGCGAGUCGCCUGAACCAACGGCGUUCCUUCACACACCAAAACCUUCACUCAUCAAAAACCCAUGGCUGAACGAUGCAAUAUCGAAAGAAAAAGAGGAGAGGAUUAAAGCCAAGGAACGUGCACUCAAGGAACAACAACUGAGCACCAUCAGUGAAUUGGCAAAUCUCACGGACCACGAGCGUUCCGAAUCAAGAUCACCAUCAUCGCCAGUGACUAUUCGAUCCCAGGCAGCCACGCCAGAAUCUUCAAGACCUGGUGAUAGCAGUGAUGAGGAAACGCCGACGCAGAAAGAGGUUGCUGCUCCAGCACCACCACCAAAAAUGCCUGCAGACCAGCAAUGGAGAGCGGCAAUGAUGGCAAGACGGUUUAUGGGAUCCAGCAAACCAGUGUAUGCGCAAACGCCGAAAAAAGAAGAAGAACAGACAAAGAAGGACCCAAUCGAACUAACAGCUGCAGCGAUUACUGUCAAGCGUUCAUCUGAGGAUAGACCAGCGUCCGAAUCUAAACUGACAACAAAGUCAACAGCUCAACAAAUUUUGAAGUCACCAUCAGGACAGCAGCCAGGGAAGUCACCGACGCAACAGCCAAUUGAGUCACCAAGUCAACCUGGACCAUCAACGGCACCUACUCUACUCACAAGAAUGAUUGCAACGAAAGUCACAACGACUAAAGGAUACCAGGCACCGGUUUCUGUACCAAAAGCAACAGCACCACUUCCAACAAGAGGAAAACCUGCGCCUGUGCAAUUCGCAUCGGAUUCUUCUGGAGAUGAAAGCCCAUGGAAGAACAUUUCGAAAGAGAAGCCGCAACUCAAACCUUCAACACCCACUGAGAAGAAGGAAGAAGACAAACCCUCCUUCAUUUCCAAAGCUCCAAUAACAAGAAAUACUCCUGGGAUCACUGGUCCUCCAAUCCCUAAGCCUCCGGUUGUGACACCAACAACUGCCGAGAAACCGGAAUUCUUCAGAGCUCUGUUUGGAAAGAAAAGAGCGCCACCACCGCCACCCAAACCAUCAGAAACUGCACCAGUGUCAAUCAAACCAACGGAACCGCUCACAAUCAAAACCAACGAAUCAAAAGUGUCGCCACCAGCUCGUCCAAAAAUCAAAAAACCCGAGACAGGAUCGUUAAUGAAGAAGUCUCCAACAUCAGAUGGCCAAGAUUCGUCUCCAGUGACUCCGCCCGGAAAAAUGGUCAAAAUUGUGGAUGGAAAACCAAUUUUCAAUGUACCCGUUUACGCAGUUCCAAUGUCUGAACGUCGUAAGCGGAAGGAAGCUCAAUCAAAGCCCAAAACAGAUGAAGACUCCGACCAACCUUCAAAAUCUAACCUCAAGCAGUCCUCUCCUGAGCCAGAAGAAGGAACUAGUGGUGGAAAGACGUCAGCAAAAUCAGUUCGCUUUGGACAGACUCAUUAUAAGCAUAUCGAGGAUGAACCAGAAGUGAAGCCAGUUGUCAAACCACCUCCAGAGACAACACCAGAAAUUUCUUUUGAAGAUUUGGCUGAUGAGAUGUUGAGAGAACAGAUGGAGAGGGAAGCUGAAAAAGCUGCUGAACUGGCACAAGUUUCUCCUUCGAAACCUCCAACUUCUCCAAAACCCGUGGAUGUUGUCCAGGCCAAGUCGAAAUCCAAGCAUACUUUCUUUGGAUUGUCACCGUUUGGAAAAGUUUCUUUGAAAAAGAAUGUUGGCAGUCUGGAAACGUCGAGCAACGAACCUUCCACUUUAACGCCAUCCUCUCCUUCAACAUCAAUGCCUUCCACGUCACUCGCAGGACCAUCGAUCUCAGUUCCAUCUUCACCUGGUCCGUGGGGUCCAUCGACAUCAACACCGACAGAGCCUUCGACUCCAGGUUCAUCAAAACGAGACCCGACUACACCGCCUGUUUCAAUUCUGAAAAAUCCUUUCCCACUACCAGAGACAUCACAAGAGAAGGUUGAGGAAGUGAAACCAAAAGAAGACAAGAGAAGAGUACGACCGCUCAAACCAACUGGUCCAACUCUUCGAAAACUUUCGACAGAUGGAGCAAUGCCAAAACCAGCAAAAAUUCAACCACCUGAAAAUCCACUUCAGAUGGAAAUUCUAGAACCAACCGAGUCAAGCGAACCCAGAAUAAGAAAGAAAUACUACACAAAAGGUGGAAAAAGGUACAUUCCGAAGAAAACCGUACCACCUGAGGAAAUUCGUGAACCAACACCUCCACCACCACCAGAGCCAGAACCCAUUCCUGAGCCGGAGCCACUGCCAGCCGCCAUGCCUCCUCCAUUGGUUCAGGAGAAGCCACGAUCGCGGAGAAAAAAGCAUCCGAAGCCUGUCGAACCAGUGGUUCUCGAUCGUAUGGAUCAAUUCAGUCAGCUCACUGCUGAAAACUUGGUUCUACUACGUCGCGAGUUCAAUGAAGGUCGCGAACCACGUGCUUGUGAUGAUACUGAGUCACUGAUUGCUCAUCCAGAUUUGGGAAUGGUGAAGCUUCUAAAUCCGAAAGAACGUGCUAAGGAGUACAGAAGACUGAAAGAUGAGCUGACGAACGUUUCGGAGUUCGAUGAUGCAUACACAGCAACUCCAACGUAUGAAACAACACAGAGAAAAUUGCGGCGGAUGGCGAAAGAUCGGAGAAAGAGAAUCAAGGCAACUGGUGUACAAUUAGUCUCAAAACGGCAGUCGGCCUUGAAUGCCGUUCGUCAAGUACGAAAAGUUCGAUUCUUCCAAACUCACAAAAAGAAGAUGAUGACUCCACUCCCGAGCGAUUUCGAGUCGAAAUCAAUUUUAAAACCACCAAAGGCUCCCAUUGCAUGGUUUUAUCGAAUCGAUUCUGAUGGCAACAAGCGCUACUUGAACAGCUUUGGACCAAGUGAGUGGCAAAAGGAACAAGACGAUAGGAAAAACUCAGUGAAGCUGGAAUACACGUUCGAAAAGCAGAAAAAAAAGAAAAGCUACAUGUGGUAUUGGUUGCAACAUGUGUACAAAAUCAAGCUUUCGGAUGUUGCCAAGGAUGUUCUACAAAAAAAACCAAAGGACGUUAUCGUUGAACUUCCAAGGCCUGAAUACUUACCACCAUCGAGAUCACUAUCUUCAGAAUCUUGUUCGCCAACCAACUCAAUAGAUGAUCUUUUGGAAUCACUGAACGCUGUGGACAUUCCACUUGCAGAAACGUCGAAAUUGUCAUCCAGUCAAGAGUUACUUCCAACAUUCACUGAAACUGUUCCGAAACGGCAACGAUCGAUUUCUGAAAACGCUGCGGAAAAUGUCAAUAAUCUUGGCCCACUACUACAGAUCGGAGCUAGAGUAGAUGAUUCGCCAUCCGCUUCAACGAAUAACCUAAAUUGGAGCGGGUUAGAACCUUUUGCUACUAUGGCACAAGAUGGAUCCGAGAUUCUGGAAUAUGUUGGACAGGAGGAGACUGCCACUGAGCCCGUCAGAAGACGAUUUGAUCAACUCACUCGACCAAUCAGUGCACUAUUCAACGCAUUGAGCGGACCAGAAGUCGCAAGAGAAGCGGACAAUCGGCCAACAACAGAGAGAACAUUCAAAGGAUUGUUCAGCAGAUCAUCUUCCCGACAACAGCUAGAAUCACUUGACAGAGAAGCUUCAACUUUACAGGCAAAUGAGAACAACGGUGAAAAAUUUCCCGCUAUCUCUCAAGGAUCAUCAGCAGAGGAUAUUCUUGCACUUAUGCAAGAUAAACCGGAUGCAUUAGAGCAGAUGGAAGAAAGUAGAAAACCCGACACACCUCGUCAGCCGAGAUUCUUACCAAUCUAUGGCCCACAUCGACAAGGAUCACCAAUGUUCACGGAAAAAGAAAUUUUGGACUACAGUCUUUAUGAUCAAUUUGCUGAGCUGCAAGAACAAUCGAAACAUCGACAAAUUUUGGAGUACUUAAUGCAUCAUGAUCCGGAGAACGAAGAAUACCGUAUGGCCUAUUCACUACUUCUAUCUGACGUGUCCGAUGAGAAGAGUAUCGAUUUUGACGUGGACGCUUUCAAGAACUCCGAUUUUCAUAUGUUCUCCGUCUUCAGUGGUUCGGAUAUUGAACGCAGGGAAGCAACAUAUAUGAUCGUCCAGAAAAUCAAAAACUUGCAUGAGAGACUGGAAAAGGCAAAAUUGGCAUCACAACUCAAAUCACUUCCGAAAAGAGAGCUUUUCAAGCGAACUGCGAGAAAACCAAGAAGGAUUCCAGUAUUGUACAAGUUCAAGAGGACGUGCAUCAAGUUCAGAGUGGAAAUCACUCUCGAGCCUGAUGCUCGAAAAAAGAUGGAGUUACAGAAGAAGUUGAAGAGGCGUGCUAAGAUGAGGAUGAUGAGGAAAAAGCAGAAGAUUGUAAAAGCAAUGAAAAUGCUGAAGAAUAUGGGCCAGACAGGAAAACAGAAGAGGGACGAGGAAACUGUCAAGAAGUUGGACAAGAAGGCGGACAAUAACAAGAAGAAGGACAGGAAAAAGAACAAGAAAAAUACCGAAAAGAAGAGCCAAAAGACCAUAGAGUCGGAACCCAUCGUUGUUGAGAAGGAAACCAUUGACGUAGCGAAGAUAAAAAGCGAAGAACUAGAUGUUGUAUCGGAUACUGAAGAAAAGAAGAAUUCCGAAUCUGACUACGACGGAGACACUGAUGAGGAUGGCACCGAAGAUAUCAAGUUAGAAUGGCUAGCUGCGAACAAGCCAGUAUCGGGGCUCCGAAAUCAAAAGAACAAACUUCUCCGAAGAUACUUCCAGUUCUCUGUCAGAAUGGCAAGAAAAAUUGCUCGUCGCGCUGUUGGUGGCCCCAAACCAUUUGUGUUUUAUGCAUUCAUCAGUAAAAUUCGUGCUAGAAUGCGUCAAUUCAUGGAUAUUCGACGUGAUGAUCAGAUGAGAGAGCAACUCCAAGCGGAAAGCGCGGAUUCUUUGAGGAUUCAAUCGGAGAGGAUUCAACGACGCAAAAAAGUUUCACAACGAAAGAGAGCUAGCAGAAAGAGGUGUUUACCUAUCAUGAUUCGUAACACGUUGAAAUACGGAACCACUACACCAAAGGAAGUGAUUGUCAAUGAGCCUCAUUUCGACUUGGAAACAAUAAGCACUAACCUCCAAACAUUCUUCCAAUGUCUCGACGAGUACAUUGAUGUGGGAACACCAAUCAAGCUGAUUUACCGGUUCAGAAAUACACUUCUUCCGAAAAAGCUAUUCGACGCUGGCAAAAAGAAAAUGGUGGAUCCAGUCAUCUAUACCUCACCAUCGCCGUGUAACACAGACAGUGAUUUCUCCGACUAUACGCUAGAGAAUGCCACCGCAAAAGAGAAACGGAAAUUCUUUGACAGACGAAGUUUGGAGUCCACCUACAACGUUAAAGGUCUCCCUGGACUUAUCUACUUGGCUCGUUUGGUUGAAGAACGCGUUGGAGAGGACAUAGAAAGAAACAUUUCAUUUUGUGGGCCUGGAAUCGAUACUAAUGAACAUGUGGUCUUCAUGACUCCCGUUCGUCGGCUCAUGUUGAACUCUCUUGGAUUGAGAAUGCCGGAUCGUGUGAAGGGAUUCCAUAUUAUGAAGCGCACCAACGAGCCAUUUGAGAAUUGGUUUUCAAAGCUGUUCAGAAUGUUCUGCUACGGUCGUGGAGAUUUAGUUCGCUUUAUUUGUGAUAAAAUUGCACUUGGUCAAGUGAAUUUGAGAAAAAAACAUGUUUUAGCUAAAUAUUCGACUUACAGAUUGUUGUACAUUGAUAGUGGCAGAGAGGAACAGCUGGAAAUAUUCCAGUUCUUCAAAAUCGGAAUUGAAAACCAAGAUGACGACGCAGAAGAAGGAGAAGAGCUAAGAGCAGACUUCAAAAUCGACACAUACGAUCAUAUGCUCUAUGGCAGUCCCAAAGCAUGGACACAAGAUGAUUGGGUUGAGGCUGCUGACCAAUUCCUCAGUUUUGCGGCCAACAAAGCGCAUGUGGUGAUUCACUGUCAAGCAUCGAUUUUAUUCAUGCGCAUGAUUCUCACUGGUGGAUACUCACAAGACAUAAUCGAUCAAUUCGUUCAGAUGAAGCUCCCAAUUCGUGACAAACUCCUUUUCAUCAUCAACUUGACACCACCACAGUUCAUCGUGGAAAACAUAGUGAAAGUGUUCCAUACUGUCCGAGGACUAGAUCGCCUCCCAUUUGUCGGAUUAGGCUACCAUGCUGACCCUCUUCGGGUUCUUUUCGAAGAAGCUGUUGAGAGUGGUGAUCCUCAACUCAUUGCACACAUCGUUCGUGUUGGAAGAUGUUUGGAUCGUCGGUCAAGAGAGCCUAUGAUGACCGAUUGUGGUUCCGAUCAUCUGAAGAAUCGUGACUUCUCCACGGUUUUCUCCAAAGUUCUUACCAAUGACACGGCUAGACGACCAUACGGAGCUCCAACUAUGGAUGAAAUGUUCCCGUUCCGAUAUGUCCGUCAUUCAGACGGAACUGAUGUCACAGAGACCACAGAAGAGUUGGCUGAAAUGAUGGAAUGUGAAGUAACUCGCUAUAUGGCAAUUUUGGAGCUCACAAAGGGAGCAGCAAUCACAAAAGGAGAUUUAGACCACAAUCCAAAGUUCAACACCUAUCCACACAGAUUCUAUUUUAAUAUCCUUUGCACUGGAUGCAAAAUGAACGUCGCCAAGGCUCGCAAUCUGGGAAGACUGGGAAGAACACUUUGUGUUUCAACUAUGCCUCUCAUCGAACAGGAUAAGGACAAGAAAAGAUGGCCAAAUGCCAAAACCAUGUCACCACGUCUGACCUACGAGAAUUAUAUUGAGACGUUAGACCCUGUUGAGAACAAAAUGUUGAUGGCGAAGGAUAUUGAGGAAGAGAAGACUGACAUCACUGUUCAAGUCUUGCCAUCUCGCUUCGGAUGCUUCGAAUGUCGAUUCUCACUUCCAAGAUGUUGCAUCUGUAUGGUUCCGUAUUUGAACGAUCAUAUGGAUUACUCUCUCAAAGAAUACAAUGAGAGAUUCUCGCAAUUCAGUAUCUGUAAUAUGUGCAACCACGGAGGCCACGUCAACCACAUUGCCGAGUGGUUUGAGACUGAGAAGUAUUGUCCGGUUGCUGGAUGUGACUGUAGAUGUCUCAGAUCCAAACAGACCAAGAAUCUGAAGGGCAGACUGCGUCGUCACAUGAUACUUUCUGCCAACAUGCGCGCGAAAUCUCAUCUUUGCAAUCCGGAAUGUGCUGUUGAAGCAGAUAUCGAGGAAGAGUAUCUACCGGACCCGGAUAUUGAUUUUUUCAAAAAUUUGUAA